GCAACCCCACAAGACCAUCCAGACGACACUGGACUCGAUUCAUCCCCCGAUCCCAAUGUGCCUUUCUUUAUCUACCCACUAAUUUCGCCACUCUUCCAAUUGGAUUUCCGUUUGAUCGCCGAGAAAGUUCUGGAGAAGAGAAGAAAUUCAAAUUCCGAAUCUCGAUCUUUCGCUGUUCGAUAUUAUAAUUUGGUUUGGUCGAGGGAAGGUGUUCUGUUUUCAAGCUACAACCAAAGUAUACAAAGCCUGGUUCUGCACAAGGAAUGACUUCCUGCAAUUUAUUUUGAUUCCCCUCAUUCUUUCUAUAAUGUCCGGGCUGCUUAAUGUAUUUCCUCUUCUUUCCUCCAGAUAUUAAAUCAUUCUAUGAUGCAGAAUUCUGGCAAUAUCUCUUCUUUUUAACACAAGGCACUGAAUUUGGAUGGAACCUAGCAAUUCUGUUCCACCGGUUUCUUUUUUAAAUGUGUGAUUGCAGUCAGGACUCAACGGAUCAAGUUCAAAUCUUCCAGAUACUACAGGAAGAUCUUUUACAACUUCUUUUUCUGCCCAAUCUGGUUCAGCUGCUGGUUUUAAUCAUCUUGGGACCAUACAAGGGCUACACAAUAUUCAUGGGAGUUUUAACAUUCCCAACAUGCCAGGCUCCCUUGCAUCAAGAAAUUCUACAAUAAAUGGUGGGCAUCCUGGUGGUAUUCAACAGCCUGCAGGAAGCCUAUCUAAUGGGCGAUUUCCAAUAAACCAUCUUCCCACUGCUCUUUCUCAGCUAUCACAUGCUAGCUCCCAUGGACAUCCAGGGGUCACAAAUAGAGGAGGAUCAGGGGUAUCUCCAAUGUUAGGGAACACUGGUCCACGAAUUACAAGCUCGAUAGGUAACCUGGCUGGCGGGGGCAACAUUGGAAGGAGUUUAAGCUCUGGUGGAGGAUUGGCUAUGCCUGGCCUUGCAUCUCACCUAAGUUUAAUUAGUAAUGGAUCUGGGAAUAUGGGUAUACAAGGAUCUAACAGAUUAAUGGGUGGCGUUCUUUCACAAGCACCACAGGUGAUAUCUAUGCUUGGAAAUUCUUAUUCUUCUGUGGGAGGGCUACGAUCUCAAAACCAAGUCCAAGCAGGGAAUAAUCAUUUAACUUCCAUGGCAUUACUAAAGGAUUUGAGUGUCCAUGAGAAUGCUCCUUUUGACAUAAAUGAUUUUCCUCAACUGACCGCUCACCCUAAUUCUGCUGGUAGUUCUCAAGGACAGCUGGGUUCUCUGAGGAAGCAAAGUGUUGGAGUUGUCCAUCAAAACCAAGAAUUCAGCAUCCAGAAUGAAGAUUUUCCUGCAUUACCUGGAUUUAAAGGUGGAAAUACUGACUUUCCUGUGGACUCUCACCGGAAAGAACAACUUCAUGAUAGUGCUGUGUCUAUGAUGCAAUCUCAGCAUUUUCCUAUGGGAAGGUCUGGUGGAUUUAACUUAGGUGUCCCAUAUUCAUCUCAUCUUCAGCAGCAACAACAACAUGCUUCAUCGGUACGUUGCGGCAGAAGUGCUUCUGUUUUUACCUUUUCUUCCUCAUUUCCCCCAUUUCAGGUUGGAAGCGGUGGACCACCUUCCAUUGGUCUGAGACCUAUGAACUCAUCUAAUACAAUAUCUGGUGUAGGACCAUAUGAUCAACUCAUUCAGCAGUAUCAACAGCUUCAGAGCCAGUCUCAAUUUCGCAUGGGGCAAAUGUCGGUGGUUGGUCCACAUGGAGACCAGGACCUGAAGUCACAAUCACCAGAACCUGUCAUUGAUGAGUUUGGUUUGCGUGGUUUGUUAAAGGUCAUAAGGAUGAAUAAUCCAGACUUGACCUCCCUUGCUUUGGGAAUUGAUCUUACAACACUGGGUUUGAAUUUGAAUGCUUCAGACGAUCUUCACAAAAGGUUUGCCUCUCCAUGGGCUGAAGAACCUCACAAGGGGGAGCCCCAAUACAGUAUCCCAGAAUGUUAUUAUGCUAAACAGCCGCCUGUGCUUAAUCAAGCCCAUUUUGCAAAACUACAUCUGGAGACAUUAUUUUAUAUCUUUUACAGCAUGCCGAGAGAAGAGGCACAGCUAUAUGCAGCACAUGAACUGCAUGCUAGAGGAUGGUUCUACCACAAGGAGCAGCGGCUGUGGCUGACUAGGAAUGCAAGCAUGAAGCCCCUUGUCGAGACAAACUCAUAUGAGAGAGGAUCCUACCUUUGUUUUGAUCCCAACACGUGGGAGACAGCUUGCAAGGAUAACUUCAUCCUUCAGUUUGAAAUGAUCGAGAAAAAACCUGACCUCCCUCAGCAUUAGCGCAAUGCAUUUCCUUUUCUUCUCUUUCUUAAUUUUGAAGUUUAUAAAUAGGUUUCUUGAGGGAUUUUUCUUUUCUUUUUUUUUGAGUUGAAAAUUUCAGUCAUCCUGUAGGGACUGCAGCAAGAAUAAGGAACUCAAAAGUUUUAAAUGUUGGCAGAAUUAUAUGGUAUCCUUAGCUUGACACUACUGGGUACUUCGUCAAUGUGAAAGCCUAAUCCUUUUAGGGAUGCUGUGGGGAUCACAGUCGUUCUGAAAGCCA